CACCAAAUUCUCAAAGCCUCAGCAACCAACAAAUCAACAAUAACAACAACAACAACAACAUACUCUUAGUCAUAGCACUUUACUCACUACAAAGUUCGAAUAGUAUACUCACUACAAAGUUCGAAUAGUAUUGACUAUUACAACUAUAUCAAGAAAACAAGUAGUUUCUUCUACUAUUCCAUAGAUGAAUUAUAAUAACACGAUCUUGUGCAUGUCAGAUGCCAAUUCAGGAAACCUGGAGAGAGAUCACUUGCAAGAAACAUCAUCAUCAUCAGGUCAAGAUGAAGGAGCAUUCCUAUUAGCUUCAAGCCGACCCAAGAAACGUGCCGGAAGGAAGAAGUUCAAGGAAACUCGCCACCCGAUUUAUAGGGGAGUGAGGAGGAGGAACAAUAACAAGUGGGUUUGCGAGGUUCGUGAGCCUAGUCAACAGAAAAGAAUAUGGUUAGGAACUUAUCCUACUCCAGAAAUGGCGGCUCGAGCUCACGAUGUUGCUGCAUUAACACUUAGAGGUAAUCUAGCCACUCUGAACUUCGCUGACUCUCGUUGGAGGUUGCCAGUGCCAGAAUCGAAGGACCCCAAAGACUUACGCCAGGCUGCUGUGAAAGCAGCCGAGGCGUUCCGUCAGGAUUCUGACUUAGUUAGAGUUGACUAUAUGAAUGAGGAAGUCACUUCUAGUGCUAAAGAAGUAAAGUACCAAGAGAUAGUUGUUGGCGGGGCCAAUGGAAGUGACGUUGAUUUUAGCACGAAGUCAUUACAUAUGGAUAUGGAGAACAUUUUAUGUUGCAAUUGGGGAGAAAAUAAUGAGAUGUCCGAGAUGGAAGGAUGGAGAGAAAAGAUGUCGGAGGAGCUUUUGUUUUCACCAACUCCUCGUUUAAGUAGUUAUUUCAGUUGGGAUGAUGUGGAAAGUGAAGUCGAAGUGUCAUUGUGGAGUUAUAGUAUUUGAUACUAAUAUAGGAAUAAUUGGAUUUCGCUUCACUAGCUAGUACUUACAAGCUAGGACUGGCAUCUUUAUAUUUUUAUAUGAAAAAAAAAACACUUAAAGGGAAAAUACUCAACAAGAUUGAUGUGAAAGUGUUCACAAUAAAACAAUUUGCUGAUCAUUGCAAAUAGAUUCAUGUUAUUAUUUGUAAUACCAUUCAAUAAGAACAUACCUCCUCGAAUUCUUUUUGUAUUAUUAUAGUACAUGCAUCCAGCAUAAGCAUCAUAUCUUUUGUA